CCAACAGCCCACAGUGGAUUACUCUCUACACGCGCUGAUAAUGACCAUUGACUUGGCUUGGCCGUGAACGCGCGCUCCGCGAGCCCCGGUCAUUCCUCUAUACUCUAUACUGUGUGGAUCACCGCUCUCUGGCUGCCGCUGCGCGCAGCCUUUGUCGAUCGGCCGUCGCUCACUGUUCAGAGCAUGCCCGCCGUUUCUCCGCUCUGAAGAGAAUCAAGGGAAGACGUGCCGUUUGCGCACAGCUGCGUUCGUCCGCUUUUGCUCCAUCUUUACCAGUGCCAGCGCUGCUCCCCGUAACGCAACAUCAAUGGAUUGCUCCGUUUGAUACCCCCCGGUUUGGUGAGAUGUUGUACUGGAGGCUCAUAGCCUCGACCCUCUCCAUCAGCUCACCCCCCUGUGCUCUCAUCUCACUCUGUACGCAGUAGCGGCUUGCCAGAAUAAAGACAGGUCAAACAAAAGUAUGCAAUAAACAAGUGUCAAGUAGCUUCGGGCUGGUCGACUGGAGGGAAGGAAAAGUUCAAGUUGAAGAAGGAGGAUUAUGCAGUGAGUGCCGCACAUAGCUGGAAACAGGUGACUGAAGUGGAGAUUGACAUAACGGAGGCCCGCUAGGAGGCCCUUCCAUCUCCCCCCACCACCACCUCCUCCUCUUCCUCCUCUUCCACCGCCUUCUCCGCAGCUUACAUCUCUCCUCCCUGCUUCCCCACCCUCCCCGCCACCAUGGAUCUGAAGGAUCGUAGGCACCGUUCCCUGACCAGAGGCCGUUGCUCCAAAGACUCCCAGUACAACACUUCUUCCUUGGAUGCAGAUGAAUGUCGUGUGCCAACGCAGAAGUCCUAUAGCUCCAGCGAGACGCUCAAGGCCUUCGACCACGAGCAGAGGCUGCACUACGGCGGCUGUGUGACUGACCUGGUUCACCACGAGGCGGAUGAGUACUCGAGGCAAGGCGGUAACUUCACCCUGGCUGAGCUGGGAGUGUGUGAGCCAACUCCCACUCCGCACCCCGCCGCCGUUCCCUACUGUCCCGACCUAGGCCUCCUCCAGAGAGGCUACUCCCUCAGCGCCGGCUCCGAUGCAGACUCAGACCCCGAGGGACCGCUGUCUCCAGAGCGAGCCAUCCAGCUGUGGGCCGGACGAGGAGGGGUGAAAUCCCGCCGCAGCUCAGGAGUGUCCAGUCGUGAGAACUCGGCGCUAACCCUCACCGACUCGGAGAAUGACAACAAGUCUGAUGACGAGUCAGCGUACCUUGAUGAUGAGGAGGAUGAGGAUCCAUUUGGAGACUAUGUGAUCAGUCGCCCACUCCCUCCAACCUCUUCCUCUUCCCUGCUCCCUCCGUCCCUUCCGUCCUCCUCGUCCGCCCCACACCACCCUUCCCCCGGCCCGUCUCCACCGAUCAGGGAAUGCCAGGUGCCCCUGCUGGAGAAAAACUCCACCCACUCUCACCUGGAGCCCCACCCAGAUGACUCAUACUUGCUCCGGGCCCAGCCCUCCUCCACGGGGGCUGCCAACCACCACAGUCAGUCUACACUACGGCCUCCACUGCCCCCUCCGCACAACCACCACACCUUAUCCCACCAGUCUGCCAACAGCCUGAACAGAAACACCCUGAGAGGGGGACGCAACCCCAUUCACGCCCCGGCUCCGGGCACUGGAGAUGGGCCGACCACCCCUGAGUCAGUCCAGCUACAAGACAGCUGGGUGCUGAACAGUAACGUCCCGCUGGAGACCAGGCACUUCUUGUUCAAGACGUCGUCAGGGACCACUCCUCUCUUCAGUAGCUCCUCCCCCGGUUACCCUCUGACCUCGGGAACGGUGUAUUCUCCGCCCCCUCGCCUGCUACCCAGAAACACCUUCUCCCGCUCAGCCUUCAAGCUAAAGAAGCCGUCCAAGUACUGCAGCUGGAAAUGUGCCGCGGUGACAGCCAUCGCAGCUGCUGCCCUGCUGGCCAUCCUACUGUCCUAUUUCAUCGCGAUCAACCUGCUGGGUUUGACAUGGCAGCUGAAGCCGUCCGACGGCCCGGUGUUAAACAACGGACUGGGAGCUGGCUUGCCUGUCAACAGUGAUGUGGCCACGCUGCCCUCUGGAGGCAGAGUUUCUUUUCCCCUCGCUCCAGGCCCGUGGGCAGGCCGGAACAGCAGUAUAGACACAGGCAACAUUGAGGUUGGGAGGCGGGCGACCCAGGAAGUCCCUCCAGGAGUGUUUUGGAGGUCCCUGCUCCACCUCAGCCAACCCCAGUUCCUCAAGUUCAACAUCUCUCUGGGCAAGGACGCCCUGUUUGGAGUGUACAUUCGCAAGGGCCUGCCUCCGUCACACGCACAGUAUGACUACAUGGAGCGCCUGGACGGGAAGGAGAAGUGGAGCGUGGUGGAGUCUCCGCGGGAGAGGAGGAGCAUCCAAACCGUGGUCCUCAAUGAGGCAGUGUUUGUCCAGUACCUGGACGCCGGCGCCUGGCACCUGGCCUUCUACAACGACGGCCGGGAGAGAGAGACGGUUUCAUUCAGCACCAACAUCAUGGAUUCAGUGCAAGAGUGCCCGCGCAAUUGCCAUGGCAACGGAGAGUGUAAUUCUGGUGUGUGCCACUGCUUCCCAGGAUUCCACGGCAUGGACUGCUCCAAAGCGGCUUGCCCGGUGCUGUGCAGCGGCAACGGCCAAUACGACAAGGGCUCCUGUGUGUGUUACAGCGGCUGGAAGGGGCCCGAGUGCGAUGUCCCCAUCACGCAGUGCAUUGACCCUCUUUGCAGCGGCCACGGCACCUGCACCGACGGCAACUGCGUGUGCUCCAUCGGCUACAAAGGGCAAAACUGUGCAGAGGUGGAUUGCCUGGAUCCGACAUGUUCCAACAAUGGCAUCUGCGUGAAUGGGGAGUGCCACUGUAAGCCAGGCUGGGGAGGGCUCCACUGCGAGUUGCCCAGGGCCCAGUGCCCAGACCAGUGCCACGGCCACGGGGCCUUCAUACCAGACACUGGGCUGUGCAGCUGUGACCCCAACUGGAUGGGACCCGACUGCUCCAUGGAGGUGUGUUCAGUCGACUGUGGGACCCACGGCGUGUGUAUGGGCGGAGCAUGUCGCUGUGAGGAGGGCUGGACCGGCGCGGGCUGUGACCAGCGUGUGUGCAACCCGCUCUGCAUCAAACACGGCACCUGCAAGGACGGAAAGUGUCAGUGUCACCAGGGCUGGAACGGAGAGCACUGCACCAUUGACCAUGGGAGCAUGGUUGACAAAGCAGACGGCUGUCCUAACUUGUGUAACGGGAAUGGCCAGUGCACCAUGGGACAGCAGAGCUGGCACUGCGAAUGCCAGACAGGCUGGAGGGGCCCCGGCUGCAGUGUUGCCAUGGAGACCUCCUGCGCUGACAACAAGGACAACGAAGGAGAUGGACUAACAGACUGCAUGGACCCAGACUGCUGCAUCCAGAGCCCCUGUCAGAACAGUCCACUAUGCCGCGGCUCCCGGGAUCCUCUGCAAGUCAUCCAGCAGAGCCCCAUGUCCCAGCCCCAUGUCCGCUCUUUCUACGACCGCGUCAAAAUGCUUGUCGGUCGGGACAGUACCCACAUCAUCCCUGGGGAAAACCCGUUCAACUCCAGUUUGGCAUCUCUUAUCCGGGGUCAGGUGCUGACUACAGACGGAACCCCUCUGGUGGGGGUGAACGUGUCUUUUGUCAACUACCCCCACUACGGAUACACGCUGACACGGCAGGAUGGAAUGUUUGACCUGAUAGCUAACGGUGGUGCAUCACUGACUCUGCGGUUCGAGCGUGCCCCCUUCCUGAGCCAGGAGCGCACCGUGUGGCUGCCCUGGAGCCAGUUUUAUGCUAUGGACACUCUGGUGCUUAAGACAGAAGAGAACACGAUCCCGGGCUGUGACCUGAGCGGCUUCGUCAGGCCUGACCCUCUUGUGAUUGCAUCCCCUCUCUCCUCCUUCUUCAGCUCCAAGCCAGGGGAGAAACCCAUCAUACCGGAGACACAGGUGCUGCAUGAGCAGAUCGAGGUACCUGGCACCAGCCUAAAGCUGUGCUACCUAAGCUCCAGGACACAGGGUUACCGCUCCCUGCUCAAGGUGACCAUGACUCCGGCCGUGGUGUCUAUGGGCCUGCUGAAGGUUCACCUGAUGGUAGCAGUGGAGGGCCACCUUUUCCAGAAGUGGUUCCACGCCUCACCCAAUUUGGCCUAUACCUACAUCUGGGACAAGACCGAUGCAUAUGGGCAGAGGGUCUACGGGCUUUCUGAAGCUGUUGUGUCAGUGGGCUAUGAGUAUGAGUCCUGCGCCAGUCUCAUCCUCUGGGAGAAGAGGACAGCCAUUCUGCAAGGCUAUGAACUUGAUCCCACCAACCUGGGCGGCUGGUCACUCAACAAGCACCAUAUACUCAACACACGCAGUGGCAUCCUCCACAAGGGCAGCGGGGAAAACAUCUUUGUGACAGAGCAGCCCCCUGUAAUCACGAGCAUCAUGGGAAAUGGCCGGAGGCGCAGCAUCUCCUGCCCCAGCUGUAACGGCCUUGCAGACGGCAACAAGCUGCUGGCGCCGGUUGCCCUGGCGAUGGGCAUAGAUGGAAGCCUCUAUGUUGGGGACCUCAACUUUGUACGCAGGGUCUACCCAUCUAUGAACACAACUGGCAUCCUGGAACUAAGGAACAAAGAUUUCAGACACAGUAAUAACCCAACCCAUAAAUACUUCCUGGCUGUGGAUCCAGUAUCAGGGGCAUUGUUCAUCUCAGACACCAACUCACGACGAAUUUAUCGUGUUCGGUCACUAACUGGAGGCCGGCUUCUCUCAGACAACGCAGAAGUGGUGGCUGGAACAGGGGAGCAAUGCCUGCCCUUCGAUGAACGCUGCGGCGAUGGCGGCAAAGCCACUGAAGCUACGCUUAUGAGUCCCAAAGGUAUCGCUGUGGAUAAAAAUGGACUGAUGUACUUUGUGGAUGCCACCAUGAUCCGUAAAGUGGACCAGAACGGCAUCAUCUCCACUCUGCUCGGGGCCAACGAUCUGACCGCCAUACGGCCACUGAGCUGUGACACCAGCAUGGAUGUCAGCCAGGUGCGUCUUGAGUGGCCCACGGACUUAGCAGUGAACCCCAUGGACAACUCUCUCUAUGUCCUGGAAAACAAUGUCAUCCUACGCAUCACUGAGAACCACCAGGUGAGCAUCAUUGCAGGACGGCCCAUGCAUUGUCAAGUGCCAGGCAUUGACUACAGCCUCAGUAAGCUGGCUAUCCACGCUGCCCUGGAGAGCGCCACAGCCAUCGCCCUGUCCCACACCGGCAUCCUCUACAUCGCUGAGACGGAUGAGAAAAAGAUCAACCGUGUCAGACAGGUGAGCACUAAUGGAGAAAUCUCUCUCCUGGCUGGUGCUGCCUCCGACUGCGACUGCAAGAAUGACGUCAACUGCAACUGCUUCUAUGGCGACGAUGGCUACGCCCCUGACGCUGGCUUGAACUCCCCCACCUCCUUGGCUGUAUCCCCUGAUGGGACGCUCUUCAUUGCAGACCUCAACAACAUACGAAUCAGAGCGGUGCGAGCCAAUCGGCCUGGCCCUGCCGUAUCGAGCGUGGGCUAUGGAGGGUCUGCGCAGUAUGAGGUCGCGUCACCAAGGGAACAGGAGCUUUAUGUCUUCAAUGGGGAGGGGCUUCAUAUCCAGACAAUUAGCCUCGUGACUGGGGAGCCACUUUACAACUUCACAUAUGGUCCUGAUGGAGAGCUGUCCAUGCUGGUGGACAACUGCAACAAUACGGUUAAAGUGAGGAGGGAUGGUUUGGGCCAGGGAGGAGGAGCCGGCCUGCUCAGACUGGUGCUGCUGCCCGAGAAUCAAGUAGUGACUCUGGGACUGGAUCCCACAGGGGGGCUGCGUAGUGUGUCGGCCCUGGGCCAGGAGGUGGCUCUGAUGGGCUACAGUGGCAACACGGGCCUCCUGGCCACCAAAGCUGAUGAGACUGGAUGGACCACAUUUUACCAGUACGACAGCGAGGGUCGCCUGACCAACGUGACAUACCCCACGGGCAUGGUAACGAGUCUCCACCGCGAGAUCGAGCGCUCCAUCAACAUCGACAUUGAGAGCUCCAGCAGAGACGACGAUGUAACCGUCAUCACCAACCUGUCCUCUGUGGAGGCGUCGUACACUGUGGUGCAAGACCAGGUGAGGAACAGCUAUCAGUUGUGCAACAACGGGACCCUGAGAGUGAUGUACGCCAAUGGGAUGGGCAUCAGCUUUCACACAGAGCCGCACAUCCUGGCAGGUUCUGUUAGCCCAACGAUUGGUCGGAGGAACAUCACCCUGCCCACGGACAACGGCCUCAACUCCAUUGAGUGGCGUCUGCGCAAGGAGCAAACCAAGGGCAAGGUCACCGUUUUUGGCAGGAAGCUAAGGGCUCACGGGCGCAACCUCCUCUCCAUUGACUUUGACCGCAACACACGCACUGAGAAGAUUUACGAUGACCACCGCAAGUUCACACUGCGCAUCAUGUACGACGCUCAGGGCCGCCCAGCGAUGUGGUUGCCCAGCAGCAGUCUGGCAGUGGUCAAUGUGUCCUAUUCGACCACCGGACAGCUUGUUGGGCUGCAGAGGGGGAGCAUGAGUGAGAGGACCGAGUUUGACCCCCAGGGACGCAUCCUGUCUCGUUCUUUUGUGGACGGGAAGGUGUGGAGCUACAGCUACCUUGACAAAUCCAUGGUGCUGCUCCUGCAGAGCCAAAGACAGUAUGUCUUUGAGUUUGACGCCUCAGGUCGGGUCACAGCUGUCACCAUGCCCAGCGUGGCCCGCCACACCAUGUUCACACACGUGUCAGUCGGCUACAUCCGCAACACCUACAACCCCCCAGAGAGCAAUGCCUCCAUAAUCCAUGACUUCUGCGAGGACGGCAGACCACAGGCCACGCAUUACCUCGGCACCGGCCGCCGUGUUCUCUACAAGUACGGCAAGCUGGCAAAGCUGUCAGAGAUCGUGUACGACAGCACGGCCGUCACUUUCGGUUAUGAUGAAACAGCUGGUGUGCUUAAGAUGGUCAAUCUGCAGAGCGGGGGCUUCUCGUGCACCAUCCGCUACCGUAAAAUGGGCCCGCUUAUCGACAAGCAGAUCUACCGCUUCAGUGAGGAGGGAAUGGUCAACGCAAGGUUCGACUACACCUACCAUGACAACAGCUUCCGCAUCGCCAGCAUGAAGCCAGUCAUCAGCGAGACGCCACUUCCUGUUGACCUCUACAGAUAUGACGAGAUCUCUGGAAAGGUGGAGCACUUUGGAAAGUUCGGGGUCAUUUACUACGACAUUAAUCAGAUCAUCACCACGGCCGUUAUGACACUGAGUAAGCAUUUCGACACCCACGGUCGCAUCAAGGAGGUCCAGUACGAGAUAUUCCGCUCACUUAUGUACUGGAUGACGGUGCAGUACGACAGCAUGGGACGGGUGGUGAAGAGAGAGCUCAAAAUCGGGCCCUACGCCAACACCACUCAGUACCGCUAUGAUUAUGACGGAGACGGCCAGCUCAGCGGCGUCAAGGUGAACGACUGGUCUACCUGGCGCUACAGCUACGACCUGAACGGUAACCUCCAUCUUCUGAAUCCCGGGAACAGCGCCCGGAUCUUGCCGCUCCGCUAUGAUCUCAGAGACCGUAUCACGCGCCUGGGAGAUGUCCAGUAUCGUGUGGAUGAAGAUGGCUUCCUCAGCCAGCGCGGUUCGGACGUCUUUGACUAUAACUCCAAAGGUCAGCUACUGCGGGCCUACAAUCGUGGUCCUGGCGGCUGGAGCGUCGUGUAUCAUUACGACGGGCUGGGCCGCAGGGUGUCCACAAGGAACAGCCUGGGACAACACCUUCAGUUCUUCUACGCCGACCUCAACCACCCAACCAGGGUCACACACAUCUUCAACCACUCCAGCUCAGACAUCUCGUCGCUCUACUAUGACCUACAGGGACAUUUGUUCGCCAUGGAGGUGAGCAGCGGGGAGGAAUACUACAUAGCCUCUGACAACACCGGCACACCACUGGCUGUCUUCAGCAGCAAUGGACAGAUGAUCAAACAGGUGCAGUACACAGCCUACGGAGAAGUGUACCUGGACUCUAACCCAGAGUUCCAGCUGGUGGUGGGUUUCCACGGCGGUCUCUACGAUCCCUUGACUAAGCUGGUCCACUUUACCCAGCGGGACUAUGAUGUAUUGGCUGGACGCUGGACCUCGCCUGACUACAGCAUAUGGCCCAAGAUAGGGAAGGAUCCCUCUCCAUUUAAUCUUUACAUGUUCAAGAACAACAACCCCCUCAGUGACAUGCUGGAUGUCAAGAACUAUGUCACAGAUGUGAAGAGCUGGCUGGUGAUGUUUGGCUUCCAGCUCAGUAAUAUAAUCCCAGGGUUCCCUCGACACUCGCUCUACUUUGUGGAGCCACCGUACGAGCUGCAGGCCACCCAGCACUGCGAGAACGGACAGCUGAUCACUGGGGUGCAACAGGCAGCAGAGCGUCACAACCAGGCUUUCAUGGCCCUGGAGGGUCGUCUCCUCAACAAGGAGCGUCGCAGGCGAAAGGACAAGCCAGGUCACUGGUUCGGCACCAGCACCCCAAUAAUAGGUCGAGGAGUAAUGCUGGCAUUGAAAGAGGGCCGAGUGGUGGCUGGCGUGUCAGCUUUGGCCAGUGAUGACAGCCGCAAAGUGGCUCUGGUGCUCAACGGCGCCCAGUACCUUGAAGGCACCCAUUACACCCAGGACGGGAAGGACUGUCACUACUUUGUGAAAGUUGGCUCUGCAGACAGUGACCUGUUGACCCUGGGGCUCACAAAUGGGCGUAAGUCACUGGAGAGUGGUAUCAAUGUUACAGUGAGCGGCCGGUCAAGAAGAGGAGUGACUGUAGAGUUUGCAGUUCCGUCAUUAGUACUGAGUGUUCGGUACGGGCUGGCCGUGGACGUGGUGGAUGAAGAGAAGGUAAGACUGUUGGAGCUGGCCAGGCAGAGAGCCUUGGCCGGGGCCUGGGCCAAGGAACAGCAGAGGGCCAGAGAUGGGAAGGGAGGCAGUCGCCUCUGGACGGAGGGGGAGAGACAGCAGCUCCUAACGACAGGUAGAGUACAGGGCUACGAUGGUUAUUAUGUGUUGCCUGUGGAGCAGUAUCCAGAACUGGCUGACAGCAGCAACAACAUCCAGUUCCUCAGACAGAACGAGAUGGGCAAGAGGUAACAGCCCACCUGAACUUGCUUGAAGGGCAGACUCUUCCCUCUUUCCCACUUUCACUUCUCUAAAUCCUGCUCCUUUUUCCUACCCAGCCUCCUCGACCCUACUCCUCUCAAAACCCAUGGAGAAUUAACCAACAAAUGGGGUUACUCACGGAACGCUGCAGGGACUUUUGAAAAGAAUGACUUAACAGAAAACAUAUUAUUGUUAAUUUUACUGCCACAGGCAAAAAAUUUAAAGUUUAGUCAAACGGUUCUUUUUUUGAAAAAACUUUGAACAACUGAAAAAGCACUGAAGAACUUUGAGAACUGUUGCUUAAUGAAUAAGAAGAUUCCCCUUUUUAAAAAAGAUAGUGAUAUUUUCGCCCAUAUUUUUUGGGUCACACUGAGAGCGGCCAUGACAGCUACUGAACACACGGUGGAGUUGUGAUGUGCUGGUAUCUGCAGUGAAGGCUUGUCUGUCUCUAAUAGACACUGAAGGCAAAGGGACCAAAGUGGAGGCAAAGCCACUCCAGAGAGCAGCCAUUACAACUACACGUCAACAGAGGACAUCAUAAAACAGUGACAGACAAGGCAAGGUUGAAAGAUCGUCCAAUAUUAUGAGUCGUCUCCCUGUCUCAGGCCUCCCAUCGUCCACCACGGACCAGUCCUCUGCUGCCGAGGCAGCGCACAUCCAACCAAGCAACACACGAGCUAACGGCAUCCUCGAACAAAUCCAAGCUGUUAACGAACUAGAAAAUAAACUUUUUAAAAAAACAAAGUCAAAAAAAGUGAUGGCUAUAUUUGUGGACAGUGGUAUCACACAGCAUUGUUUAUUUUGAAAUGGGGAGAAGAAUCAUAUUGCUACAUAUGUGUCUGACUACACUAAAUUUCAGGAUGUUGCGUAUACUGUAGAUGCCGUAGUUUUGUACGUUUCAGUCGCGGUAGAAUUGUGAGACUUUCACCAAGGCACUUCUGUACAGAACGAUCGAACACACCACUCACAGAGUCCGGAAAACAUGCUAAGUUAGUAUUUAUUUUAUUUUAUUCUUUUUUAUUUAUUUAUUCUUAGUACUAUAUGACAAUCAUGAAUGAGUCACCAGUUCUAUUCGAAAUGAACAUUAAUGGAUGAGUUUAUUUUCUUUUGUAAAAUAUGUAUGAAAUGUUCAUUUUGUUUUUGUAUUAAUUUCAGUUUGCUGCCAGGGCAAAUAAUAGUCACUCUCAAAAAGAAUAAUUUAUGUAAUAAAGUGUUUUAAAAAAAAAAAAAAAAAAAAACGGUUUAUACUUUAAAUAAAGUCUUUAAAACUGUGAAAUCUGUUUUUUCGAAAUAUAUUUCGAUGUACAGUGUAUAGACCUACCUUUAUGCAGCACAGUAGAAUAUUGUUCAGAAUAUCAAGUUUUAUAUUUCUAAGAGGAAGUGGCUUGUAAUGUGCAAAAUCUUUAGCUGGUCUUAAUACUCUAGAGUUUUGUGGCACUCUAAUAUUCCAUAUCUACAAUAUCAGUCCCCAGUUUGUUGUUUUUGACUGUUUUUUUGUUUGGAAGCAGAGAUGUUUCUGUCCUAGAUCCCAACAGCAGUAGCAGUAAUGGAUCCCUCUCACUGUGAAGAGACUCGUGCUGGAUGUCAUAAUGUACCAAAUCAGUAUUAUCAAAGGAUGAUUCUUAUACAUUCACUGAAACGAGACUCUUCUGAGAACCUUAUCAAUAAAACAUAAUUGUUUACUUCA